ACUUUGUUGUUUAAUCCGAGGACGUUGUGAAGAGGAAGAGUGUGUAAUUUAUGCUUGUCUGCGUGGUACGUUUCCUUCACCUUAAUUGUCGCUUGGUUUUAGUAGGUCAAACACUCACUUCAAAAGAUGGUUCGAACACAUUUUGGGCCACCGCGUUUGAAGACCAGACCUUAUGGAGAUGGUCAUGGCCCUAAUGAAGGGAAUUACAACCACAGCUCCAAAGGUCGAAGAGAUGUCCCGAGCUACCCAGUUAAGCCUCCUUUUAGCUGGAGAGAAUCCAGAGGUAGAGGACGAGGACGCGGACGACCACCAGUUUCCAGAAGAAUUCCUCCAAUGGGAGAGCAUAGAGAGCAUAGAGAGCCACGUUUCAAUCACUGGAAGAAUCAGGAUUCCUUCCAAGCGUACCCGCCCAAAAUGGAACCACACCAUAGUCAGCGGAGGCAAUCUCCAUCUAGGCCAAACCGCUCCCCUCAAGUCCACCAUCGUUCAUCCUCUCACAGCCCCGCCCAGGAACACCAGAGUCACAGGGGCCCAUCUUUUCAUGGCCACCCAUCAGGUCAUAGGGCACCUUCUCCAAGACAAUUUCGUAACCACCCAGCUGACAGAAGGCCAGGCUCUGCACCAACCUUCCAAGGAUCUUUCAGAGGCCACAAAAGGCAGUCAGGUUUUCCUCAUCAUGAUCAACAUAAUCGAGACCCUCGCCCAAGAGGAAGGCCCUAUGAACACUCAGGGCACGGCAUGAAGCGCUGGAAUGAGCCAGGAUCAUUUUCUCAUCCGCACAAUGGAGAGCACCGGUCCUCUGGGUCACAGAGGAGCCCCAGAGAGAUGCAUGGGAGGGGUUCGUGUACAGAGAGGUACAGGAGUGAAACAGCAGUCCCAGCUGGGUGGUCAUCUGAACAAGACUCCAGGCGUCAGCGUGGUCCUAUGGAGAGGCAGGGCAGCAGAUCCCACAGUAGGGAGAGGGCGCAAGAUGUCCCUCACAUGCCCCCUUACAGGUCUCCCUCGUGGAAAGGAGGUCCUUCAUCAGAGUCCACCUCCUACCACAGAAGCCCUCAGGAGAGGCAAAUGGCAGGCCCUCGCAAGAGGAGGAUUUCAAACAUCAGCAUGUACUCCUCAGACCCUGCACCGGAGCAUAGCAAUGCAAAGUUCCCCAGGAGAGAGAGACCUCAGCUUCUAAGUAUUCCCAGGCCAUUUGGUGGUAAACCUUUGUCUCUAAGGGAUAAGAGCUACCUGGUUAAGAGCCGACAAAUCCGAGCACAGUCCCUUAUGCAGCUCAAACUACCCCCAAUGAUGAAACCCAGGCCUCGUCUGGAUGAUAUGGCUGAACAGGGAAACAGCUCAAUUCUUGCCAUCAGGAAGAAACGUUUCCAGCUUAAUGCAGUACCUCUGAGAAAGAUGGAAUCAAGGAGGCCAAAACAACAUCACUCACCACACAAAGAGGAAGGCAAUACCGACAAGUCUUCAAGAGAUUCUGGCUCUGGAAAAGAACAGGUGGAGUUUCGCCGGUCGUUGAACACACACAGAUCUUCUCCCAUAGAGAAACGUGAUCUUGUUAUUUUGUCCCACUGGCCACCUGGACCAAGCUCUUCCUCCAAAGACUGCUCACCUCCAAAAGGUUCCAGCCCAAAAUCAAAGACUGACCGCAGUUCAGAUGAAGACACCACACCAAAGAGGCGCCAGUCAAAAAACAGUGACUCCAGGUCACCUGAAGACAAAAAAAUGAGUCAUUCAGAGAGGACGUUAUCAAGGCCAUCUAAUGUGAUUCAGGACAGUGACAGACCUGGAAGGCCCUUCAGGAGACCUGGACCUGGACCCUUUCAAAGGCCAAAGUUUCCUGGUGGUCCAAGGAGGACAGGCCCAGAACUGUCCAGCAAUGUUAGAAGACCACUUAUGGAGACUUUAGUGCCCCGUCCAUUUCCAAAUCAGAAACCAGUGUUCAGAAAAAGCUACACCAUCAUGUCCAAAUACCGUAACAUGAGAGUGAUGCGCCAGCGUGCACCAUACAACCGAGGAUCCAACCAACAGCGCUGGUGAUAACAUCCGGUCUCAAAUUGUGAGAACGUGGAACUGGAAAUCUGAAAAUUGUGAUCCAGAUCUUCUGUGUUGGAUGGAUCGCUGCAGUCUCAACCUGCCUGUAUAUUGUGAAUGUGUUGUUGCUUACAUUUGUUCUUUGGUACAAGUGUUUAAUUUGCGUUGUUAAAGUACUGCUGUACUUUUGUUUUAGAAUAUUUGUAACAUAUUGGACUAUUUUUUGUUUUUGGGCCUUCAGACCUUUUGUGAUUCAGAAGAUGCUGCUUUACAAACUCUUUGAUCUCUGUAUUUUACCUAAAAUAGUUCUAGCAUAUUUUGUUUACAGUAAGGACUUAAACAUUUACUUUGAUAUGUAACCUUUAAAACUUGUAAUCACGUUGAGUUUGAAACUUGAAAUAAAAUCAGAUUUAACACA